AUGGAUAUUAAUUACAAGGCAAACAUCGCAAAGUGGCUACCACUUUCUGACGGUGCUUUCAACAGAUGGCUUAUAAACGCUUCUCUUUUGGACGAGAAAAUGGGAAAGCUUGCAGGAUGCAUAGCCUUAAUUAUCGAUGAUUUCGCGGAUGCUCGAACUUGUGAUUUGGAGGUAUUUGAGGAAGUAAUAGACAGCCUGGAAGAAUUAAUAGAGAGUUACAAAUUGAUAUGCAAUCCGGGUGAAUUAAGUAAUCAUCCUAUAUACAAAUAUAAAAUAAAUCAUCUGUCAAUAGUAUUAAAGAAGAAGCUAAAUGUAAUUGCGAAGUUUACCCAAGAUAUGAUCACUGGCAUUAUUGAUUGUAAAAAUGACGAGAAUAUAAGAAUAGUAUUUAGAUUGGUAAAUGCUUACAACCAAAUCCUCGACAUGAAUCGAGAUGUGUCAGAUUCAUCUGUCAAUGUGUUUUAUAACGAUUGCCCAUCCAUGCUUGAACCCUUAAAAAAAAUCUCAGUGACCAAAAUAUUGCAAAUAUUAGCGAAGAACAGAGCGGAGGAAUCCUGUCACGAACUUAUUGACUGUCUUUUGGCAAAUUACGAACCUCAUGAGAAAAUCAAGUCUGCGCCUAUAACAAAUGAUGUGGACGUGUCAGAAAAUUCCAGCAUCGAAAUUUAUCGUGCUCUUACGAGACAUUUAACUCCACCGAUCAUGAGUGCGACAUCAACGUCCGAAAUGGAGGCAUCCAAUAUCGAAAGUGUGCAGGCACUCGUGAACACACAAAACGAACAAAUCCUUCGACUCUUAAAUGUCGUGCAGGAAAUAUCCCCGCAAUUGCUUGGCACAGAUGCUUUAAAAACCAACAAUGGUGAGAAGAAAUUGAGAGGUAGUGCGAUAAAGAAAGUAAAGAAUUACUAUCAGGAGGUGGCAUGGGGUGCAUUGUCCAGUAUUUUAGAUCACGUGAUACUGUGGUGGUCCCGGGAAGCUCUUGCGACUCAUCACAGCCACGGUGCUCAGCAUCUCAAGGAUUGGUUGCGGCAGUUUAUUCAGGGGAACGAAACCCCACCCACGGUCAGAUCGGCGCUGCAGAAUUUAUGCGACGCACUCGGAUAUCACACGACCAUCACCGCUUGGGACCAGAUAUUUAGAUUAGCCUACACCUCGGCCUUCGAGUGUCAUUCGAAACCGUCGUCCACAGAGGGAACCGACACCGGUCAAAUGUUCGUCGAGGUGUUCCAGCUACUGGUUACCCUCAGCAACGAAUGCGAAGUGGGUGGCGAAUGGGUAAUAGGAGCACCAUUAGUAGAACUGCCAUUGUCGGAACAGAUCGUCGUGCUGCACAGGAUGGAUCAUUCGGUACACACGGCAAGAUUGUGGAUCAUUCAGGAGACCAAGAUCAUAGCCCACACCUGGGACCUAGAUGUGUUCUUCCUUUUGGUCAAAGGGGAUAUAGUAAACUGCCUUGAAGAGUUAUCUUAUCUCAAGCUUGCCGAUCAUACAACUGCAUUGUCUGCAAAUUCUAUUAGUGUCCAAGUGUAUGUGUGCACGAAAAUGAGAGCCAAGAUCGUUUCCGAAGUCAAGGCGAACAUUGAAUUACUUCAGAUCUGCUCUGCUAAAUGCAUCGACACUCUUGCCAAGAUCUGUCGUGUUAUUAGUCUCGCGAAUUUGCAUAUGUGCUUUCCACAAUCGAAUUAUUGGAGAAAAAACAGCAGCAUAUCUCCAGUGACAGCUAGUCUUUAUGUGGAAACUUAUUUCGAAAAAGUGUUACUGCCAGUAUUGGAAGUAAUAGAGGAUCCCGAAACAUCCAAUAUGAUUCUACGAAUAAUGUGCGAGGCGUGGCUUGAUUAUAUUUAUUUGCAUCGCAUCAAAUUUAGCGAAUAUGGCGCGCAACAACUAUUGACGGAUUUCGCGUACGUAUCUACUUGGGUCAUGGAAUGUUCGAUCAUCUCGCAAAAUGUUAGAAAUCACUUGCUGAAAAACGAGGUUUUACGUCGUUGCGAAGGUGUCGGUCGGCUUCUGUUAAGGCAUCCAGGCGAAGCUAUUGCUAUGCGGAAACGGUUAGCUCGAAGAACAAACGAGCACGGAUCGCCCGAAUCCCCAGGUCUGGAACGCAUGCCAGCUGAAAUGUAUGUUCCGAAUCAAGAACAAUGGCUUGAAUUGCGUGCUCCUAAGCGAUAUAAUUUUUGCUGUAUGGAAUAAAGAGAAUAAACGAUGAAUCAAUCG